AUCGACCAACACCCCACAUUUCGCACCAUUUGUCUUGAAGGAGAGGGAGAGAUUUGACGAUACGAAUCUUAGAAUAUUUUAAAGAAUAUUUUCACGAGUUGCACAUACGUACUUGAUUUUGGAAGACAUUAACAGAACAACAAACUUUCGCUAUGAGAUUUUCAACGUGCGCCGUGCUACUUUUGGUAGCGCUAGUCGCCGGAGUAGAUAAUAUUGCUGCCGCAAAGAAAGCCCCGCGAUCAGCUUCGAGUCGCCGUAGUUCUUCCAGUGGGAGACCAUCGCGUCGGUCGCCAUCCAGCAGUAGACGACCACCUGUUUCGAAACGACGUGCCGAAAUCUACGAGGACGACGAGGACGAUUACGAUGUUGGCUUCGACGAUCCGUUCGACGACGAAGAGGACGAAUACGAAGACGCUGUUGAUGACGCAGAAUCCGAAGAAGAAGAGGAAGAGUAUCGUCCAAAACGAAAGUCCUCGGGCAGUAGUAGCAGGCGUCCUCCUCCUAGAAAGUCGGCGUCGCGUAGAAGUAGUAAGUACGAUGACGAAGAUGAUUACCCUCCACCACGCCGGCAAUCAGGGAGAAGGCCUCCCCCUGGACGUCGUCCCGGCCCGCCACCUCGCGGAAACCGACGACCGGGCCGAGGCGGUAGAGUUGUUCCCUACACCAAUCGCAGACAACAGCCUUCCACGUUUACUCGAGGCCUAAGCGCCAUUCGAAAUUCCAUGCCAGAUGCCAGCUCUGUCAAGGAAGCCGCAAUGAAAUCGCUCAGUGUAGCCAGAGAAACAACUUCUGGGUUGUCGGCCAAUUUGUAUCGUGAAGUGAAGGGACUGACCAGUUCGGAGCUCGAACAAGUCAUGCUCAAGGCUACUCGGCCUGACGACACACCUGUCAAGGGAAAGCACGCCGAACGACUGGUAGGAGUUACGUAUCAAAUCAGCGCACGCUACGACAUUUACGAUGCUGUGCUUCGCAAACUCUGGGCAAAGAUGGCGGAAAAAGACUGGCGCACUACCAUCAAAGCGCUUUACAUUCUCCAUCGGUUCUCUGCUGACGGGUCACCCGAGCACGCUCCCGCCCUCAAGGUAAGUUUCACACAUCUCUGUUCUUUUCCAUGGUGCUUUCCCGUCUCCAUUCCUCUAGAACCCUGCUCAUUCGAUUUUUUCCGAAACUGUUAUUGUGAUUUAUAUGUAUAUCAGGCACGUGUGCGAGAACUUCGUCGCACCCGCGAUCCGAAACGAAAAGGAAAAUUUUUCAGCUCCAAAUUGUUGCUAGCCGGUGAUACUUCGGAAGAAACGGCGAAAUACCGUGCGUUCUUGGGAAGAUACGCUCACUACGUUUUGCUUCGUGCCCAAUGUUUCGGAGGCAUGUUUGACGAAAUCGCUGCUCCGUCCGCCAAAGACACUAAGAAAAAGAAAGCCGCGCCAAAGCCCAUCACGUCGACAUCACUGAAAGCCGAUCACCUCGAUGCCGCAAAGCUGUUGCUCGAAACUGGCUUGGCAUGUGUGCUGAAGAAGGGAGAAGAAAACGAGAACACGGCGCUCGCAGUGGAACGAGUUGCAUCGGAUCUCCUCGGUUUGACAACGGCAGUGACCGGUGCCUUGACGAGAGCAUUGAAGGACGAUGAUCUGAAAGGGGCAGAUCCGGUUCUCAUCAAGAAGUGGUGCGAGUUUUACAGCGAAAGCUUGCUGCCGCAGACACGAAGCAUGGUGAAGAAAACGGCUCCUACGUUAGACGCCUACGGCCUUUUCUUGCCGUCGCGAAUGGGCCCAACCCUGUCUCAGGAUUUGCUUCAAAAGGGAUUGAAGCUGGACGAAUCGAGCUCUGCCGGCGACGCCGAAGAAAGCGAGACCUCCAAGAAGGAAGCCUCUUCGGACGAAGAAAAGGAGUCCGACCACGCCGACGAAGAAGCCGCCGGCGAGAGCGAUGCCCCGUUGGAAGAGGACGAGGACGAGGUGGAAGAAGAAUUGGACGACAUGGAUGAAUACGAAUACGACGAAGAGGAAGAAUACUACGACGACGAAGACGAGUUAUAGAUAGCCUACGACAUUAAUUAUGGACA